ACGUCACUGUUUGUGCUAUUCUGGGGAAGAUGGCGGAGGCUGCGGCGGUUCCCCCGCAUAGGUUCUUCUGUCAUUGUUGUAAGGGAGAAGUAAGCCCCAAACUCCCGGAGUACAUCUGUCCCAGGUGUGAGUCUGGCUUUAUAGAGGAGGUAACAGAAGACUCCAGUCUGCUAGAGGGUGGUGCUAACGGGACAGAUGACACAGCCACACAGUUUGCAGAGCUGUGGCACCUGUUGUUUGUAGAGAGGCCUUUCACAGUGGAUGGUGGCAGUCCAGACUCAGAGUCCCGGGUCCCUGGUGGAGGGGUUGGGGUAGGAGCAGGGGGGUUAGGAGGGGGUCCUAUCGGAGGGUCAGUCCCUGCUGGGCUAGGGGGACCCCUGGGGGGUCCUCUGGGAGGGGGGGAACACUGGGGGCCCGGUCGCCCCCCUCGCCUGCACAGUCAGAGGAGGUACCGCUCCAGAGGGAGCAGCAGACCUGACCGCUCGCCUGCCGUAGAGGGGAUAGUACAACAGUUUCUGGCUGGUCUAUUUGCCAACUCUGGAGUUCCUGGCUCACCUCCCCUCUCAUGGACGGGGAUGCUACACUCUAACCCAGGGGACUAUGCUUGGGGACAGGGGGGACUGGACGCAGUCAUCACACAGUUGUUAGGUCAGUUUGAGAACACGGGCCCUCCUCCUGCAGAGAAAGAGAAGAUCUCCUCCAUCCCUACAGUCAACGUGUCUCAGGAUCAAGCAGACUGCAAAAUGGAGUGUCCGGUGUGUAAGGAGGACUUUGCAGUGGGAGAGCCCGUCAGACAACUACCUUGCAACCACUUCUUCCACUCAGACUGUAUAGUACCCUGGCUGGAAAUGCAUGAUACGUGUCCUGUGUGUAGGAAGGGGUUGAAUGGAGAAGACCGCAACACCCAGAACCCCCCAGAAUCCCCCUCUCUAAACACGGACCCCCGCACACAGGAGAGAUGGUCCUUCUGAAAUACCCCUCCUCUGACCUUUUAAUCAUCUGUCCUUCAUCCCUUCUCUCUACGAACUGCUGCACACAGGAGAGAAGGACUUUCUGAAGGAUAUACCUCCAUCUCUCUGCCUCAUUCCUCUCAUCCCUUCAUCUCACUCCUCCUUUCUGAAUCAUCUCAUCUACAGUCAUAAGAUGGUCAUCAGUAUGGCUCUUCCUGUCUCAUUGCCCUUGGAACCAUGUUCACACACACACACACACACACACACACACACAAGUCAUGAUUCGUUAGAAACACAGUACACACACGUCAUGAUCUUUAGCUGUCCUCUGCCUAAUCAUGACCAAGUACUUGCCUUUACCCUGCUUCAAACAUCAACCCCAUCUAGUUUUUUCUACUCUUUUCUCGCUAUUCCUCUUUUUCCAUCCUUCUGAAAAGCACUGCUGUAAUACACUGUUGUCUCUCCCUACCUCUCUACUCCUGGGAUGUAUCUCAAUAGUCUAGAGUGGCUUCCUCUCCUCAUCUCCUUAACAUCAACUGCACUGAACAUGGUGGAUGCUCACCAGGAUAUUUGGUUUUGCCGUUCUAGCUCUCACAUCAGUGCAGAAAGGAGACGAGGAGGGGACAUCACUUCCGACUAUUGAGAUGGGCCCCUCCACAAUCUACUCUCUCUCUUUCGCCGUCAUUCUGGUGUAUAUAUUACAAACAGACUGCAUCGCUCUGUCAUUUUACUCCUCCGUUGAUGAGUUUUGUCUUUUGUUUCACAUUUCUAUCACUAUUUUUUUAAUGUAAAUACUUUUAGUCCAACAACUUCUGGUUUGAAAGGAAGAAAACAAAAAAGCAUAUUGAGAAUGGAGACUAAUGUGAAUCCCUGGGUAUUAAAGUCUGUGUAUAUUAUUAUAUAUAUGAUAACGUGUAUGAUGUAUUAAUAAUUCCAAAAAAUAUUAAAAACCAGUAACAUUG